UAUAUACAUUCUCUCACCUGCAAAUUCACUUUCACUCAUUUCAGAUCCAUUUUUCAUUUUUUUUUGUUUCACCAAAUCAAACCCUAAUUAUCCGAAUUCUUUGUCACAAUGGAAAGCGAUGACGAUUACGAGUCGUUUUCGUUCCCGAACAACUCGCCGUCACCGAAGCCCCACCGGAGACUCAAACGUCUGAAAAAGUCAACGGUUGACUUGGAUCAAUCAGUUAAAUCAGUAAGUGAACUCAUUGGUUUACCUAAAAUUGAUUUUGCUAAAUUAGAAGCCCUAGAAUCUAAAAAUAGUGAUUCAUUUGAUGAUAAUAAUGAUAAUGAUUCGAAUGAGGCGUUUUCGGAACCUCGGUCUAGUGACGGUUUAUUCGACGAUUAUAAAACUGCGAGCGUAGAUCGGAAAGAAAGUAAAAAAUCAUUAGAUUUUGAUGAUAGUUUUGAUAAUGAUAAUAAUUAUGAUGUUAAUGAUGAUGAUGAUGAUAGUAAUAGGAAGGAAAAGGAAUUGAGGACUUGUUUUGAUGAUUUAGAGUUGGAUAGUGAACAAAACGACAUGAACGAAGAUUUAGAAUCGAAUGUGUCGGUGAGAAAGGAAACGAAAAGAGCGUUGGAGUUUGAUGAUGAGAUUGGGGAGAAUGAAUCGGAUGAAAGGAUGGAAAUUGAAGGAGAUGAUAUAAAUUUGGAAAUUAGGAAAGAUGACGAGGAGAUGAAAGUGACGAAGAAGAAGAGAAGUCAGCGGUCAAGAGAGGAAUCUAAAGUGAAAAACCCGGUUCCUAAUAAAAGAAGGGAAGCAAAGGAAAGAAAAGCUCAUCUUGAGCAACUUCAUGCUGAAUCUCAGAGGCUUUUAAGAGAAACGAGAGGUGUUUCAUUUAAAGCAGUACCACUUGUGCAAAAGCCAAUCUCAUCUAUAUUGGAAAGGAUAAGAAAAAGGAAGCUUGAGGUGUCAAAGAAGUUUUCCCAGUCCUAUGAUUUGGUAAAGGAAGAUGAUGAUUGUUUGAAAGAGGAUAUGAUAGAUCAUCCUAAACUUGUGGAAACAGUAGUUGGUGAAUUAUCAGAGUCAGUGGAAAAGGAGAAAGUUUCAAGUGUUUUAAAUGGAGAUUCCGAAUCAAAUGAAACUGAUGUUCUUGGAGAAAAGAAGAGUAAUGAAAAUGGCUCUUCACAAUUGGCUUUGGAUGAGGACUCUACACCUGUUUUUCGACCUCCAGUUGAUGAUACUCAGGAGCUUUUUGGCGACACCCAAACCAGUGACAGAAAAGAGUCUGAAGAUGAGGAUCCCUGUGACCAGACAAUCAGCUCUCAGGAAGAGGAGAUGGGACCUUCUUUGCUAACUAUGAAAUUGAAGUUUGAUUCUGUUCCUGAUGAUAUCUCAGAGGAAGAAGACAAUGACAAAGAGAAUGUUGAUCCUGAUGUUCAAGAACAUUCUUCUCCUACAGGAGAUCCUGUAAAGGCAUUUGUUGAUGAAGAAGCCGAGGAAGAAGAUGAUAGUGACAAUGAACGAAUGCAAUUUGGAGAUGACGAUGAAGAUGGAGAUGAUAAUGACAUUGAGGAACUCAAUAACAUGAUAGCAACCGGCUAUAAAGAACGUCCAGUUGACUUAGAAACCCGCAAUGAACUUCAUCAAAAAUGGCUUCAAGAAAAAGAUGCUGCUGGAACUGAUGAUCUUUUGAGAAGAUUAAAUGUUACUUCUAAACUUAAAGAUGCAGGUUUACUUGAUGAGGAAGACGAAGAAGCUGAAGAGGAUGUCGAAAUGAGUGAUGAUGUUGAAGAAAUUGUAGAACGACCACGUGUUGCUAGAUUUGAUUCUAAGAAGGCAAAAGAAAUGAUUGCUCAGAUGUUUAAUGAUAAAGAUGAUGCUUACGUAUCAUCUGAUGAUGAAGAAACAGAGACGAUCACUGUUAGAGAGCAUAUCCGUAGCAAAGCCGAAGAAAAGAGUAAAGUAGUGUCACCAGUUGACGAUGAGGAUUCAAGAGAAGUUUUUGGUCUUAUUAAAAAGCCAAGCACUGUGCCUGAGGUCAGGAAGAAGGCAAAGAUAACAUCAUUCUUUGAUACAAUGCUUACAGGAGGGAAUAGAAUUAGCUCUUCUAAGUCAUCUUUUCUAAGUCGAGCAUCAACACAUUCUGUUCCAACUUCCUCCAAGCAAGGAGGAUCUAGUGUAGUUCGGGCUUUUAUAUUUGGACGAGAUGACAGUAAUAGCCGAAGUUCAAUCUCAGCUUCAGAGGACACAUCAGAUGCUACUGCAACAAGAGAAGUUCAAACAAAGAAGGUCACAACCAAGUACAGCAGCUCACAAUUACAAGCCAGAUCAAGUACACAAACUACACAGCUUGUUGCUGAAAACAGUAGCACUGCUUCACUGUUUGAGAUACUAAAGCAAUCUUCUAUGCAAUCUAAUGUCGAAAAUCAAAAUCAUAAGGUUGAACUUAGUCAGUCUGUUUUUGCAGCCUUCAGAAUCCCAAAAAAGCCUAUAAAGAUCCAUGCAAGAGUAUAGUAAAUUCUUGUAGAUGUUUGACCAUAUAUAUAAUAUAUAAUUUUGCUGCUACUCAUGCAAAUAAGAUUUAUGGCCAAAUGAUUUUUUUA